UAAUGCAGAAUUGUCAACACACAACCACCCAAAGGGUGGCUAAAAAUGUAAUAAACAUCCUUGGUUUUCAAAAAUAUACCACUUCGGUCCUCUGACACGGCUCACUUAGUACUAGAAAAAAAAAAAAAUUUUUGAGAGGGGGUUAAUUAUAUCCCUCUAGGCUCUUUAUACAAGAGGCUCGCCUGCCUCUUUUCCGUUGUUCCUCCGUUCCCAACCCUCAAUUCCCGAUCUCCAGCCGUUCUUGUUCGAACCGAAGAGCGAGAGAAUGGGUCGUGGUGUAAGUAGUGGAGGAGGGCAGAGUUCGCUGGGCUACCUUUUUGGGAGUGAUGAGAUCCCUAAACCUGCUGGAAGUCAAACUCCAGCUGCUGAUGACACUGCACGUCCCCAAAAGCCUUCUGGUGCUUCAGCACCUGCUGAUGUCAGCAAGCAGACUCCAGCAGGCAUCCAAGAGAAGACUGCAAACAACUACCACCGUGCAGAUGGCCAGAAUUCUGGCAACUUUCUCACAGACCGGCCUUCUACCAAGGUUCAUGCUGCUCCUGGUGGUGGUUCUUCCCUCAGCUACCUCUUUGGCGGUGGUGGCAAGUGAUGAAAUCAUCGCUGGUUAGAACUGCAAGAAUGUAUUGGAAAGAGUGAAGAAACAUUAUCACUGUUCAGACCUGCUGGUUCCAAAUAAACAAUGUUCGCAUGCUGUUUUUGGAGAUUGAUCAUGUACUGUAUGACUGUACAAACUAAGAUGUUUUGGUGGGAAUUUGUUUGCCUGACUGAUGAAUAGACAAGAAAACUUCAUCCCUAAGUUGAAAGCAUGUUUCUUCAUUCAUUGUUAGUAUUUGUUCUCUAAAAUUGGUGUGGUUCUGCACUGUUACUCGAUUA